CCAGAGAGCAGAGAGCAGGGAGGAGGGAGUUAGAGAGGGGGGUUUGUAGAUUGUGCUGGAUAGAGUUGCUCUACCGUGUGCAGCUGUGGUGUACUGGCUGUGGGACUGUGUGAAUGACAGAGAAGGGGAGAGCUCUAUGAGAUAUAAGAAUGUCACUACAAAGGUGCAAAACAGAAUGGGAAGAAAUUGACCAAGAAUUUCAGCAGCUGCAGGAAAUGCACAAAACCUACAGACAGAAGCUUGAUGAACUUACCCAGCUUCAGAUGAUAUGUAGCAGCUCCAUCAGCAAACAGAAGAAGGGCCUACAAGACCUGAAGUUCAAUCUACACAGGUGUGCAAAAGCAAAGGGUUCUAAAGAAAUGGACCAGAUAAAGGAUAUUCAGACACAAAUCAAAGACAAGCAAAAUGCCUUCUUUGAUAUGGAAGCUUAUUUGCCAAAGAAGAACGGGUUGUACUUAAGUUUGGUACUUGGCAAUGUGAAUGUAACUCUUCUCAGCACCCAGGCAAAAUUUGCUUACAAAGAUGAAUAUGAGAAGUUCAAGCUUUACAUGACUAUAAUCCUGAUGUUCGGUGCCAUAACAUGCUGGUUCCUGCUCAAUUACCGAGUUACAGAUGAACUCUUCAACUUUUUGCUGGUCUGGUACUACUGCACACUGACGAUACGGGAGAGCAUUCUCAGGAGCAAUGGGUCCAGAAUAAAAGGCUGGUGGGUUUUGCAUCACUACGUCUCCACCUUUCUGUCAGGUGUAAUGCUGACAUGGCCCGAGGGGGAGAUGUAUCGGAUGUUCCGAAAUCAGUUCCUGGCCUUCUGUGUCUAUCAAAGUUUUGUACAGUUUCUCCAGUAUUACUACCAAAGUGGCUGUCUCUACAGGUUACGAGCUUUAGGAGAAAGAAAUCAUCUCGACUUAACUGUGGAGGGAUUUCAGUCUUGGAUGUGGAGAGGGCUCACGUUCCUCCUCCCCUUCCUCUUCUUUGGCCACUUCUGGCAGUUGUAUAAUGCAGUGACGCUAUUUGGGCUGUCCAGACAUGAGGACUGCAAGGAGUGGCAGGUGUUCAUGCUGGCCCUGACGUUCCUCGUACUCUUCCUGGGAAACUUCCUCACGACGCUGAAAGUCGUUCACCAGAAGGUCCAGAAAAACAAAGGGGAAAUGCAGAAGGAGGAAUAGGAAGUAAGGAAGAGAGGGACGGAGAAACCCCUGAUUUUCAGGUGGGCCGGUGAAGAGGAGGGAGUCGAGCGUCACAGCUGUUGGGCUCUUUCUGUCCGGUGAUUCCAGGAAGGAGAGAGAACCUCUCCGUGCGAUCUUGGUGACUUUGCUGGACCCCUUCGCUGUUUGAUCAAGGCCAUUCUGAGUUUCCUUCGUUUCCGGUGGAUGACCUGUGUAGUUUUGUAUUUGUUUCCCCGUGCGCAUCCAGUUCCAGAGGGAAUCGCAUAACCACGGAACCACUGCAAACCCUGGAGGCCUCAAGUCGUACUGUCGCGGGCAUAUGAACAGUUUUUUGUUUUGUUUUUUUAAUUUUUAUUUCCAACGGAUUUUGGUUUGUGUGCGUGAGUGCAUUGUGUAUGUAUGGGGGAGCCUGCUCUCUCAAACUUUAUGCAAUACAGAAAUAGAAUAAAUAAAUUCAGAAAUGCAAUGUAAGACAUAAAUAUAUAUUAAAAAAAACAAAUAUAAUGUACAGAUAGGCAUAGAGUAGAUAUGCUGUCACAAUACUGCCCUUUGAUCAAAGUGCAUGCAUCACAUUGCAGGCUAGACUGCUGCUCACUUGUAUCUAAUUGUAAAUUCUCUCUGUCCUUGACUUUAUAUUUGUGAAAUGUCUUACAGAUUCUAGAAAAAAUGUUCAGAAACUUCAGACAUUUAAACAAAAAUGAGUUUUUUUUUAUUUUUAUUUUCUGUUUUUUAAAAACCUGCUUAAAAAAAGAUGUCACGGUAAGAGGUAUAAUAGCUGUGAAAGUCUAACCUGCAUUGGUUAUCAGUUCACACUUGCUUUAAAUGUCUGCAGUAAUUUGGCUGCUAACCCUGCUGAGAUCUCUGGAUUAAUGUGACUAUCUACGUAGUUCCGCAGACGACGUGCCAAAGCCGUGACUACGUUGCCCAUGGAUUCUAACCCUGAACGAAAUGGCAGUAAAAUGAGGCACGAUUGGACACAGAGGUGUUCAUUAGGUAGCAGCGGCAGUGCAUUACAGAGGUCCUAACAUUAGAACACGGUGUUCAGCUUUGUCCGUUGCCUUGUAAUUCAAGUGAUUAAAAAAAAAGAAAAAGAAAAAGGAAGAAGUUCUGUUUACAAACAGCUGCUGCAUUACCUGUCACUGUUGAAUGUGUAGUGGUCUCCCCUUCCAUUUCACCCACAAGCCAUCCAUGAUGGGAGCAAAGCCUUGUGUUCCGUUUUCAUUAUUCUGCAAUAAUGCAGAAACUGCCGUUUGAUUAACAAAAGCAUUUUAUCCAUAAUUCACUGACAAAAUAUACGGUUUAUUUGUAACAUGGCCGCCUCAACGCACAACAGGUUGUUUUCCUACCCUUUCCCCGAAAGUAUGAUGAUACUGUAUCCAUUGUGUUGUGUUCAGUUUUGUGUGUUCAUAUAGCACGGGAUCUCUUUGGUGUCAGAACCUUGGCUUACCCUGUGGAACGGCAGUGGCCCAUGCAUGAUCAUUGUCUUCCUAGCCGCAAUAGAGCCGGGAUGAACAUUUUGUUCAGUGAUGAAAGCAUUUCUGUUGUGUUUUUCAGACUCAAUCAGUGUACAUUGCCAUAAAAUUAUUAAAACUGAUCUGCUGAAA